AAACAAUUGAUAAAUUUGAUAAGCUCUCAAAUUCUUCAUGGAGAUAUACACAAAAGCCAUUCCCAUUGAGAUUUGAAACAACAAAGAAAAGGUUGUUUAUAUUACAAACCAAUUUUACAAUUCCUUGAGCGAAAAAAGCAUGGAUGAUACAUACAUAGGGGAAGGCUCAAGGCAUGGGCAAGGCAUGGAAUUUGUACCAUUUCAAACAUGUCAAGAACCAUUAGAAGUCCUAUUACUACACGGGCAUUUAGACAUUAUGGUUAUUGAAGCAAAUAACCUUCCAAACAUGGAUCAACUUCAUAGAACAAUGUCUGGUUUAUUUGGUGGUAUUGCAAAGCUUAAAUCCCAUGGAACAAGUGAUCCUUAUGUCAAUGUUUCCAUUUCCGGUGCAAUUCUAGCUCGAACAUUCGUGUUACAAGAUAACGAAAACCCUGUUUGGAAACAACAUUUCUUCGUACCAGUUGCACAUAGAGCUGCAGAAGUACACUUUGUAGUUAAAGAUGAUGAUGUUGUAGGGUCCGAAAUUAUUGGGGCAGUCGGAAUUCCUGUUAAAAGACUAUUUUUCGGUGAAAAAAUUGAAGGGGUUUUCCCUAUUAUGAAAGGAAAAGGGGGUGGGCCUGAAUAUAAUGGGGUACCUUGGACAUAUUUUCCCCUUAGGAAAGGAAAUAAAGUUACCCUUUAUCAAGAUGCACAUUUUGAGGAUGAUCAACUUCCUAAUAUUAGGCUUGAAUAUGGGAUGGAUUUUGUUCAUGGAAGAUGUUGGAAUGAUAUUUAUGAUGCUAUUUUGAAUGCUCGGCAUUUGAUAUAUAUAACAGGAUGGUCUGUGGUUCAUCUUGUUAGACUUGUUCGGGAUGACCCUAAUCAUGCUGGUGUUACCCUUGGAGCUCUUCUUAAAGCUAAGGCACAAGAGGGUGUUCGUGUUUUGUUGCUUAUUUGGGAUGAUCCUACUUCUAGGAAGAUUUUUACUCACACCACUGAAGGCAUGCUAGCCACAGAUGAUGAAGUGACAUACAAAUUCUUCAAGGGUUCAUCUGUUCAUGUUGUGCUUUGUCCUAGAUCUGGUGGAAAAGGACAUAGUUUACUUGGAAAACAGGAAGCAGGAGCAAUUUAUACUCAUCAUCAAAAAACAGUUAUUUUGGAUGCUGAUGCAGGUCAACAUAAAAGAAAGCUAAUUGCUUUUAUAGGAGGGCUUGACCUUUGCAAAGGGCGUUACGAUACUCCAGAGCAUUCUCUUUUCAGAACGUUACAAACUGUACACAAGGAUGAUUAUCAUAAUCCCAACUUUGUUGGUCCUACCACCGGAUGCCCAAGGGAACCAUGGCAUGAUCUACAUUGUCAAGUAGACGGUCCAGCAACAUACGACAUCCUAACCAACUUUGAAGAGCGUUGGUUGAAGUCUUCACGUCGUGGGUUUAAGAAAAUCAAAAGAACUUAUGACGAUCAUCUUCUUCGCAUUGAUAAGAUUCCGAGUUUUAUUAAAAAGCAGGAUGUCGAGAACAUUCCUUAUGAUGAGGAUGAUAUGGAGAGAUGGCACGUUCAACUCUUUCGUUCAAUAGACUCGAAUUCCGUGAAAGGUUUUCCUAAGGAUCCGAGAGAUGGCACACGUUGGAACCUUUUCUGUGGGAAAAAUGUACUAAUAGACAUGAGUAUACACACAGCUUAUGUACAUGCCAUUCGAUCUGCUCAGCGUUUCAUUUAUAUUGAGAAUCAAUAUUUUCUUGGCUCCUCUUAUAAUUGGGACUCCCACAAGGACUUGGGAGCAAACAAUUUGAUCCCAGUGGAAAUAGCUCUUAAGAUUGCUGAGAAGAUAAAAGCAGAUGAAAGAUUUACUGCCUAUAUUGUUCUUCCAAUGUGGCCAGAGGGUGAUCCAAAAAGCCUUGCCAUGCAGAGAAUCCUCUAUUGGCAGUACAAGACAAUGCAAAUGAUGUAUAAAAUAAUUUACAAGGCAUUGGAGGAGAAAGGUGUAGAGAACAAUUAUGAACCUCAAGACUUCCUAAAUUUCUUCUGUUUAGGAAACCGUGAGUUAGAUGAAAAUUCAUAUAGUGUUCCAAGCGGAAGUGUGAAUUCAGCACAAGCCUUGCUAAAAAGAAGUCGUCGAUUUAUGAUCUAUGUUCAUUCAAAAGGGAUGAUAGUUGAUGAUGAGUUUCUAUUAAUGGGUUCUGCUAACAUCAACCAAAGAUCUAUGGAAGGAACUCGAGACACUGAAAUUGCUGUGGGUGCUUAUCAGCCUCAUUAUACAUGGGGUAGCAAAAAUGCUAGACCACAUGGACAGAUAUAUGGAUACAGAAUGUCGCUUUGGGCGGAGCACUUGGGAACGAUUGAAGGUUGUUUUAUGUAUCCAGAAAGUUUAGAGUGUGUGAGACGAGUAAGAAUAAUGGGAGAACAAAAUUGGAGACAAUUUGCAGCAGAAGAAGUAACAGAAAUGAAAAGCCACCUUCUUAAGUACCCUUUGAAAGUUGAUAGAUGGGGAAGAGUUGGACCUCUUCAGGGUUAUGAGAAGUUCCCAGAUUUAGGUGGGAAGGUUAUGGGCACUUUUUCUGGAAUUCAGGAGAAUCUUACUAUAUGAUCCCAAAAGCUUUUGUUGCACAACAUUAGAUGAUAACUUAGUCCAAGGAGAGUUUAUUAAAAGAGCUCUCACAUAAAAUAGUUAAUGUGGGCAAACUCAAAUAAUACUAGCAUUAAUAUUUUAUUAUAUAUUUACAUUUUUGAAACUGUUUCUUUAGGAAUCAUGCUCAUGUGUGAUAUUAGUUGUUAGUGUAGUACAUGUACAAGUUCUUACUUCUUUUGUAUAAAAUCAUUGGAAAUUUUCUCAUUAGAGAGGUACCAAUGUACCA